UGCAGGAAGAGGCAGAUCACCGUGAUGAGGAACAGGCAGGGGUACGAGACUUUUGUAGCAUUUUCUUUUCUCUGAGUUAUUUAGUGUGUUACACUAUCUCUACUAUAUCCAGAUCAGUUGGGAUCUUUUGAACUUCUCUUUGCUAAUAUAACGGUACGGGUUUCAGACCUCCGCCCUUUAGUGUAGUUUUUAUAGAUUGCAUACUUUAUUUUAUUCGUACAGUGUUCAAAGUGGGGCGAGAUGUUCUGUCGAAAGUCCUCUGGACGUCCGCGGAUGAACUAGCAUGACACCGGAUAUUUUCUGCGGCAGCCACUGAUGACAUAUGCUCUGCAUCACUGUUGGCUUUUACAGAAGAAAUGCAUCAUAACCAGGAGGAACAGUCAGUAAAUCCAAUUACUGCGCAGCACUGGCCAGCGCACCACAGCGACUCCAACAGCCUGGGCAGCAGUUUGGGCAGCGGCCCCACUGACCAGCAGCCACCUGCUUAUUCCAAACUGGAGUUCAGGAGACAUGCAGUGAUAGAUGACUAUAAAAUCACAGCUCAGGUUCUUGGCCUGGGAAUCAAUGGCAAAGUGCUGGAAUGUUAUUGCAAGAAAACGGGAGAGAAAUGUGCCCUGAAGAUCCUGUAUGAUACUCCUAAAGCCAGACGGGAGGUUGAGCUGCACUGGAGAGUUUCCCGAGGUCCCCACAUCGUCCGGAUACUCAGCCUGUAUGAGAACAUGCACCAGGGGAAGAAAUGUCUCCUCAUCGUAAUGGAGUGUAUGGAGGGAGGGGAGCUGUUCAGCCGCAUUCAGGCCAGAGGGGACCAGGCCUUCACAGAGAGAGAGGCGUCAGAGAUCAUGCACGACAUCGGCACGGCCAUAGAGUACCUCCACCACAUGGACAUCGCUCAUAGGGAUGUAAAGCCUGAAAACCUGCUGUACACCACGAAGGACAGUAACGCCGCAUUGACACUGACUGACUUUGGCUUUGCUAAGGAGACAACGCUGCACAACUCCCUCCAAACUCCCUGUUACACUCCAUACUAUGUUGCCCCAGAAGUGCUUGGGCCAGAGAAAUAUGACAAAUCAUGUGACAUGUGGUCUCUGGGCGUCAUCAUGUACAUUCUUCUGUGUGGGUUUCCUCCGUUCUACUCAAACACAGGUCAGGCCAUCUCUCCAGGCAUGAAGCAGAGGAUCAGGUUGGGCCAAUAUGAGUUCCCCAACCCUGAGUGGGCUGAAGUUUCUGAGGAAGCCAAACAGCUCAUCAUUCAGUUACUGAAGACAGACCCCAAUGAGAGGAUGACCAUUGGACAGUUCGUGAACCAUCCCUGGAUUAGUCAGUCAAUGGUCGUCCCUCCAACCCCCCUCCACACUUCUCGCGUCUUGACAGAAGACAAGGAGCUGUGGGACGAUGUGAAGGAGGAAAUGACCAGCGCCCUGGCCACCAUGCGUGUCGACUACGACCAGGUGAAGAUUAAAGACCUGGACACGUCCAACAACCCUCUGCUCAAUAAGAGACGCAAGAGGCCCGCGCCCGGAGGAGCUGACAGAGGAGGAGACGGAGGUGGAGGAGACGGAGGAGUGGUUUGUAAUAGCCAGAGAGAAGUCACAUUUUCUGAAUAGCAUGGGGAAAUUAUUAUUAGACAAACGUAGUGUAAAACCACAAAAAGACAGAGUGAAAAGUUUCCCCAACUACAUAUCGCUUACUGUAUUUUACUCACUGUUUGUCCUUCAUUGUAUCACUGCACUCAACUGUAUAAUUAAUGUCAUCUAUUCUUAUUGUUACCACUCUAACAUCUAAAAUAAAAAAUGUUUUUUAUGUUUUACA